AUGCCUUUUUCUAAGAAAACAACUCCAGACAUAUAUGGCAUAUUAAGAGAAGAAGCAAUAGGAAUAAAUAGUGCGGUGAUAUAUUUCAAAUACUUAAUAUCAAAAGGAAAUAGACAGAUGUAUAUCUGCGCAGAAGACAAAGACAUUCUAGUAUGUGAUCAAGCUACGAAUAUAUAA